AUGUCUGCGCCGAGGCGCUGUGACAUGAACCAAGCCCAGAUGCUUGGAAGGUACCUGCAGCAGCACCCCUCCUUGGUGAGGGUGACGGCCUUGGAUCCCGGAGCGUCUGGGCUGCUGGUCGCUGGCAGUCCUGGCUGGGUCUGGUCGCUACGCGGCAUCAGCCGCGCCUGCCGGGAAGCCCUCUUCGUCCACGAACUAGCGACGCUAGACUUUGGGCUGGAGGUGGAAAUCCCAAGGAUCUGGAGCGACAGCAGCACCGGGAUCACGGCAGCUAAGCGGAUUGGCCCGGGAACGAAACUGAAACACCUUGAUGUGUCCGAAUUCUAUGUUCAAGGGGCCACCCAAGCCGGAAAGGCCUUGCUGAGGAAAGUGAAAGGCACAGAGAACCCGGCGAACUUCCUCACGAAGCACGCCAAGACAGGCAACGAGGUUGCACAGGCUUUGCCAUCCCUUGCCAUGGUGGAUCCCACCUUGGUUGCGGGAGCUUCCGCCGCGGAGCGGCAUUCGGUGAAGCUUGUGCGGGAAAACCCGCCUAGUCAGUGGAAGCCGGUUCUCCCUUUCAAGCCGACGGUAGACCGGGCGGUGCAGCAGAACGCUGCAACGGCUAAGGAAGAGCUACCUGAAGAACCCGGGGGAGAAGAAGUCCCGGAGGAGGUGGCCACGCCACCAGUAGCAGUAGCAGUUGAGGACCUCUUCCGCGCUCCGGCGCGGGCGGCUCCGCCGAGAGACCCAAGACCCCCGGCUCCGGAACCAGAGCCUCACGAUGGGGAUGCGGGUGCAGCCGCCGAGGCGGCAGCCCCGCCGCCACCAGCGGCACCCCAAGUCACUGGGGUAGUGCGGGCAAGGCGCCGCCGACUCCAACCUGGAGCGCGCCUACCGCCGAUGCCGCAGCACCAGUUCGGGGAGCUCUACUACGCUCCGACCAGGCGCACAGUUCACCUCCACAGGAACUGUGUCGGGUUAGCUUCGGUACCCCAAAACCGGAUCACCACCGAAAAUCUUUGUUUCACCUGUUGGGGUGGAAUGAUCAUAGGCCACAGGUGGGAGGAUCUCACCCACUUUCUUGUGGUCGGGGACGACUACACGCCACACGUGUUUCGACAGUGUACGGAGAUACGCGGGUGGGCCCGGCAGCUUCCAGUCUGCAACCACUGCAGAGGCCAUCACUUCGUGCGUGACGGCUAA